AAGAUUGGAUGUUCUUAAAGGUUCAUGCAAUGGCUGGAAGUGAUCAAGAUAUGGGUGUUCACGAACCUGAAAAAUGUGGCAAUAAUGCCAAUCACCAACAAAGACCUUGCUUUGAUCCUUCUUCUCUUCUUUCUCCCAAGGCUGUGCCGCCCAUCUCGGUGGCAGCGGAGAGCGAUCAAGCUCUCCGUCGACCUCGCGGGCGCCCCGCUGGGUCCAAGAACAAGCCGAAACCCCCCAUUAUUGUUACCCGAGAUAGCGCUAAUGCUCUCCGGGCUCAUGCCAUUGAGGUUAGCUCUGGCUGCGAUGUUAAUGAGAGUCUCUCUAGCUUUGCUCGAAGGAAGCAGCGUGGCGUUUGUAUUCUUAGUGGAAGUGGUUGUGUCGUUAAUGUCACACUUCGUCAAGCUGCUUCUUCGGGAACCAUUGUCACUCUUCAUGGCCGCUUUGAGAUCGUUUCAUUAUUGGGAUCGAUCUUGCCACCGCCAGCACCGUUGGGGAUCACCGGUCUGACAAUUUACUUGGCCGGCGCACAAGGGCAGGUGGUAGGUGGGGUCGUGGUGGGCGCGCUCAUUGCCUCCGGCCCCGUUGUGAUCAUGGCAGCGACGUUCAUGAACGCGACAUUUGACCGCCUGCCAUCUGACGACGACGAAGUGACAGCCACCAUGCAUAGUCAACACUACGGCCAAAAUGGGCGAAGCCACCACCACCACCUUGAUGUUUCUGAUCUGUAUGGAACGCCACAGAACUUGAUCACCAACAGCACUCUUCCGGCGGAAUUAUACUCUUGAACGGCGGCAGGUAGAGCCAUGUCAAAGACUUAAAACUACGUCGUUCCAAGUUAUUACAUAUGUAAUUUCACAAGAA